GACAGUGCUAGCCACUACACCACCGUGCAGCCCUGUUGCCGAUGAGGCUCCAGUGACCGACAGGCCGGCCGGCCAAUCACAGCGCGGCUGGACUCCACCUGCCGCCCUGUGAUUGGCCGGCGUGGUGACACAGGGGGCGGGGCUGUGAGAUUACAGCAUCUCUCUCUCUCGCGGAUCCAGCGGACAUCUGGAGCUGCACGGGAAUCAAACCUCCGAGAACCAGAACCCCGACGUCCCGCAGCGAGCCGGCCCGGGUUCCAGCGUCUGUCUCCGGGCUGCGGUGUUGUCGUUGCCCCGGUGUCUCCGGUGUCUGCACCGGCAGGCUGCGGCUCUCCGGAGGGACGUGUCUGCCGGUAGAAACACGGAAAUAGGAGCGAAUCCCGAGGGAGAAGGAUGAGGGGGAGGAGGGGGGCGAGAGACUGAAGGGAUCCGACAUCUGAGAGGGUUUGAGGCCCCGAUGGGAGCUGCGACACAUCUGGACCCGGUCUGUCUGCGUCCUGGUUCUGGCCUCAGUCUGGACUGAAGGGUCUCGUUGGUCCCUGAAGGGUUCUGUUUGAAUGUCUUUCUAGUCUUUCAGAUCUGGUCUGGGAUCCUCCUCCUCUUGCUGGUCUGGAUUAAAACCCAUUAGGAUCAUGAACCACCCCUCCGCUCCUCUAAUCUGGGUUUUACUGAGCUGGAUUUAAAUCUGAGAUCUGACCUGGUUCACUCAGAUCGGGUCACACCUGACCCGGUCUGAACCGGAUCCCCUGGUCGUGGUUGUGAUCUCGGACUCGGUCCUGGUCCUCUUAGUCCUGCUGUUGUGGAGUCCUGCUGUUGCCAUGCCGACGUCCCGGCCUGGUUCGGCGCCGGUGGAGUUCUGGGUGGACGGGUCGAGGCGGGACGGGGCGGUGGAGGAAUUCUACACCCUGAGCUCCGAGCUGGGCAGAGGAGCGACGUCCAUCGUGUUUUGCUGUGAGGAGAAGCAGACUCAGAAACCUUACGCUCUCAAAGUCCUCAAGAAAACGAUUGACAAGAAAAUAGUUCGCACAGAAAUCGGCGUCCUGCUGCGUCUUUCCCACCCAAACAUCAUCCAGCUGAAGGAGAUCUUUGAGACCGACACGGACAUCGCUCUGGUGCUGGAGCUGGUGACGGGAGGAGAGCUGUUUGACCGGAUCGUGGAGCGAGGUUACUACAGCGAGAGAGACGCCGCUCACGUCAUCAAACAGAUCCUGGAGGCUGUGGCGUAUCUCCAUGACAACGGAGUCGUGCAUCGAGACCUCAAACCAGAGAACCUCCUUUACGCCGACCUGUCGCUGGACGCGCCACUGAAGAUCGCCGACUUUGGUCUCUCCAAAAUCAUCGACGAGCAGGUGACCAUGAAGACCGUUUGUGGCACGCCGGGCUACUGUGCGCCAGAGAUCCUGCGUGGAAAUGCGUACGGCCCUGAAGUGGACAUGUGGUCGGUGGGCGUGAUCCUCUACAUCCUACUCUGUGGGUUUGAGCCCUUCUUCGACCCGAGGGGGGAUCAGUACAUGUACAGUCGAAUCCUCAACUGCGACUACGAGUUUGUGUCUCCGUGGUGGGAUGACGUCUCGCUCAAUGCCAAGGACCUGGUCAGUAAGCUGAUCGUCCUGGACCCUCACAAGCGCCUCAGUGUCCGGGAGGCCUUGCAGCACCCCUGGGUGCUGGGCAAAGCCGCCCGCUUCUCCCACAUGGACACGGCCCAGAGGAAGCUGCAGGAGUUCAACGCUCGUCGUAAACUAAAGGCCGCCAUGAAGGCCGUCGUGGCCACCAGUCGGAUGCACGAGGGUUCGCGGCGUCGCACCGACAGCUGUGAGAUUCCAGGCUCUGGGACUUCAAGGCAGAGCAGUAUGCAGCAGGACCCGCCUCCUGAGUCAACAAGCCCCGCCCCCGCAGACAAAGAAGCCCCACCACCGGAUCAACAGUCGCCGCAAAAAGAUGAAUCAAAGCCCGCCGACCAAAGUGCCCUUGGCCCCUCCCCUCCUCAUAGCCCCAAACCACCCAGCUCUGAUGUCACGCCCACAGGCUCCGCCCCUACUAGACCGCCGCUGCGUGCCGACGGGCUACGACAGGCGUCCGUCGUCCCCAAAACCAAGCCGGUCAAGCCCAGACCGCCGCUGAAGAGCUGCUCCAUGGUAGAGGCCCCCUCCAGGGUCGAGGCCCCGCCCACUCUGGCCACGCUUCCGAGUCCCAACAGCCUCAGCAACGGUUUCACGCCGGCGGAGGAGCCCGCCAGUAAAACGGCGCCCUGCCAGUGAUGAGCUGACAGACACAGAGACAUUGAAACGUUCAGGCUUCCAUCUUUACAAACAUCUAAAAUCAUUUUAUGGGACCAAAAUAACCGAAAUAUUCGUGACAUUUAAUAUUUAACUUCCAUUUAUUUAGCUGCUGCUACGCUAACAUGCGGAUCCAUCAGUACUACGGUUAAAAAGAGAUACUGGGCGGAUGGAUACACGGCUGUUUGUCAAGAAAUAGUUCCGGCUCAUGAAGGUUCUUUGGGUUUAUUGUUGGAACUCAAGAUCCUCCAAGUUCUGGUUUAGGACAGAUACUCCAGUUUCUUCUUCUUUUUCUUCCUUUUCUUCUUCUCCUCCCUCUUCUUCUUCUUCUUCUUCUUCUUCUUCUUCUUCUAUUCUUCGUAUCCCCCUCCUCCUUCUACUUCCUGUUUACUUCCUGUUUCAGCCUGAAGAGACAUGUUUCUAACCCUUUCUCCUGGUUCCUGUUGGCUCAGUAGAUCCGGUGUGUAGUUCAGUGUCGUGUCGUGUUUGUGAGCUUCUAGUGAACCAGUGUUGUUUACACUUUAAUCAUCUCCUGUUUGCACUGUACAUAUUUUGGUUAAAUUCUUCUUCACCACAGAGACACAGUCGGUGUUCAGACCCCCACAAAGACCCAAUCUGUCCUUGGAGCUGAUCUGAGACCACACAUUCUACCUCUCUUUGUACAGGGGCUUCCAAAAGUAUUUUAAAAACACAAACUACGGUGGCCCGGACGAACCAAACACACGCAAACCCUUCUCAGAGGAGUGCAGAGGGCUCGAUGGUCCUCCACCACAGUGGGCUAGGGUUAGCCCCUACGCUCUAGGGUUAGCCCCUAACCUAGGGUUAGCCCCUACGCUCUAGGGUUAGCCCCUAAGCUCUAGGGUUAGCCCCUAAGCUCUAGGGUUAGCCCCUACGCCCUAGAGUUAGCCCCUACGCUUUAGGGUUAGCCACUACGCUCUAGGGUUAGCCCCUACGCUCUAGGGUUAGCCACUACGCUCUAGGGUUAGCCCCUACGCUCUAGGGUUAGCCCCUAUGCCCUAGGGUUAGCCCCUACGCUCUAGGGUUAGCCCCUAACCUAGGGUUAGCCCCUAAGCUCUAGGGUUAGCCCCUACGCCCUAGAGUUAGCCCCUACGCUCUAUGGUUAGCCCCUAUGCUCUAGGGUUAGCCCCUACGCCCUAGAGUUAGCCCCUACGCUUUAGGGUUAGCCACUACGCUCUAGGGUUAGCCCCUACGCUCUAGGGUUAGCCCCUACGCCCUAGGGUUAGCCCCUACGCUCUAGGGUUAGCCCCUACGCCCUAGGGUUAGCCCCUACGCUCUAGGGUUAGCCCCUAACCUAGGGUUAGCCCCUAAGCUCUAGGGUUAGCCCCUACGCCCUAGAGUUAGCCCCUACGCUCUAUGGUUAGCCCCUAUGCUCUAGGGUUAGCCCCUACGCUCUAGAGUUAGCCCCUAUGCUCUAGAGUUAGCCCCUACGCUCUAGGGUUAGCCCCUAACCUAGGGUUAGCCCCUACGCCCUAGGGUUAGCCCCUACGCUCUAGGGUUAGCCCCUACGCCCUAGGGUUAGCCCCUACGCUCUAGGGUUAGCCCCUACGCCCUAGGGUUAGCCCCUACGCUCUAGGGUUAGUCCCUAACCUAGGGUUAGUCCCUAAGCUCUAGGGUUAGCCCCUACGCCCUAGGGUUAGCCCCUACGCUCUAGGGUUAGCCCCUACGCCCUAGGGUUAGCCCCUACGCUCUAGGGUUAGCCCCUACGCCCUAGGGUUAGUCCCUAACCUAGGGUUAGUCCCUAAGCUCUAGGGUUAGCCCCUACACCCUAGGGUUAGCCCCUAAGCUCUAGGGUUAGCCCCUACGCUCUAGGGUUAGCCCCUACGCCCUAGGGUUAGUCCCUAACCUAGGGUUAGUCCCUAACCUAGGGUUAGCCCCUAAGCUCUAGGGUUAGCCUCUAACCUAGGGUUAGCCCCUAAGCUCUAGGGUUAGCUCCUACGCCCUAGGGUUAGCCCCUACGCUCUAGGGUUAGCCCCUAACCUAGGGUUAGCCCCUACGCCCUAACACGGAAUCCAGAGGGGCUGUUUUCUGCAUUUCUAUUUUACCACGUUUCAUAUUUGCAACAGUCAGAAAACAACAAACGACUCUCAAGGUUUGUUCCUGUCGGCGAGAUCAAUGAGAGCGAUCGGGAGCGUUUGAUUAAUACAGAGCUUUUUGUUCAGUCUAAGCCACCGUAGGAGGUCCUGCAUUGUGAAGACAAAUUCUUUAAAGAGGAACCAAACCUCCAGAACGUCCUGAAACAUGGGUUCUGUUGCCGGAGCUGGCGGUGUACCUCCCUCUAGCCCCGCCCACUUUUAGCGGUCCAAUCAAAGGCAAAGGGUUUAAUUUAAAUCCCUCUACAGAACCUUAACAUUGAAGGUACCUGGUUAGGUGUUUGGUGUCAGGCGAUGAUGUCAGCAAGGUGGAUGGUGCAGUACCAGUUUUUACCACUAGAUGUCAGGCUUCACGUGGUCCUGCUGGUCUACUGAACACACAUUUAUGUCUUCAGAAUAUUAUAUGUUCCUGAUCUGCAUCACUUCACCCUGAAUUUAAAGCUGCAGGACCAUUCGGUUUAAUUACAUUUUAUAACACCAAAUACUAAAUAACCUUUUUUCUAAAGUCUUCUGUUUUGUAUUUAAUCCAGUCAUUAUUUUACUUCACCUGUCUGCAGGUCUACCUGUCCGCAGGUCUACCUGUCUGCAGGUCUACCUGUCCGCAGGUGUUCACCUGUCUACAGGUCUACCUGUCCGCAGGUCUACCUGUCUACAGGUCUACCUGUCUGCAGGUCUACCUGUCUACAGGUCUACCUGUCCGCAGGUCUACCUGUCUACAGGUCUACCUGUCCGCAGGUCUACCUGUCUGCAGGUCUACCUGUCUACAGGUCUACCUGUCCGCAGGUCUACCUGUCUACAGAUCUACCUGUCUGCAGGUCUACCUGUCUACAGGUCUACCUGUCUGCAGGUCUACCUGUCUGCAGGUCUACCUGUCCGCAGGUCUACCUGUCUACAGGUCUACCUGUCCGCAGGUCUACCUGUCCGCAGGUGUUCACCUGUCCACAGAUCUACCUGUCUGCAGGUCUACCUGUCUACAGGUCUACCUGUCUGCAGGUCUACCUGUCCGCAGGUCUACCUGUCUACAGAUCUACCUGUCUGCAGGUCUACCUGUCUACAGGUCUACCUGUCUGCAGGUCUACCUGUCCGCAGGUCUACCUGUCUACAGGUCUACCUGUCUGCAGGUCUACCUGUCCGCAGGUCUACCUGUCCGCAGGUCUACCUGUCUACAGGUCUACCUGUCUGCAGUUUCUUACUUCUUGCCACAUGGAACUCUGGAUAGCGGGCAUGUACUCUGUGUAUUUGGUUUACAUCUCUACUCUUAUUGUGUAAAAACAUGAAUAUUUUUGUUUCUAUUAAUCUUGACUUGGGAGGGACGGAUGGAGGUGGGCGGGGCUAAACUGUAAAUGGUGUUUGUUUUGUGUUUGCUGAGUGAACUCGUCCCUUUUUGACGAUGGAGGAUGACAUAUAAACUGACAGCUGUAACAUAUGUAUCUCUGCAUGUAUGAUAUGCCUGUUGAUCAUAUCAGAUGGAGACUCUCAACAGACUUUGUAAAAGCAGCUGAUCUGAGGUCAGCAGGGUUUCACAUAUACA